AUCGCAGCUAUGUCCAGGCACUAUUUGUGAGGCAAGACACUCGAAGAACAUCAUACACUUUGCGCUGCACGAGCACGUCUCGACGACUCCUGGAGUUGCGCCGACCCUGCAGUCAUGGGCAACGAGGCACCUGCGAACGCCAAUGGCGACGCGCUUCUUGCUUUGCUUCCAAGUGACAACAAACCGUGGUUUACGAAGCCCUAUCUGAUUAAACUCAACUACAGCAUUGUCAGCUUGGUCUUGUUCGCCUCCGCAAACGGAUACGAUGGAAGUCUCAUGAACGGGCUGCAGGCACUAUACCAAUGGCAAGACUUCAUGGACGAGCCCACAGGCGCCUGGCUAGGAUUCAUGUCCGCCAUCUACUGGAUCGGUAACGGCAUCAACUACCCUAUUUCGGUGUGGUUUGCGAACAAAUACGGAAGAAAGAACGGCAUCUACGUCGGAUACGUCUUCAUGGGCCUCGGUGUCAGCUUGACCGCAGGCAAUCACGACUACCUUUUUGUUCUUCAACGAUUUUUCGUUGGAUGCGCCAGUGCCUGGUUCUCGGGAAUUGUCGCCAUGUUGAUCACCGAGAUCGCUUAUCCUCCUCAUCGAGGCAUCGCAAGUGCGCUCUACAACUGUGGAUGGUACGUGGGAGGUACAAUCGGCGCGUUUGUCACCUUCGGCACUAGGAACAUGGUCGGAAACUGGUCGUGGAAAAUCCCCACCAUUCUCCAAGUUCUGAUCCCUAUCAUCGCUCUUCCAGGGCUGUUCUUUUGCCCAGAAAGCCCUCGAUGGCUGAUAUCGGUCGACCGCGUGGAAGCGGCCCGAGAAGUCCUCUAUCGCGCACAUGGAGGCCACGAAAGCCCGGCGCUGAUCGAUCACGAGAUCGUGGAGAUCUCGACCGCACUACGACUCGAGCGAGAAGCUGCCCGAUCAGCAAGCUACAUGGAGAUGACGCGGACCAAAGGCAACAGACAUCGACUCUUCAUCACCAUCUCGCUCGCGUUCUUCUCUCAAUGGGCCGGAAACGGAGUCGUGAGCUACUAUCUCCCCAUCAUCCUCAACAGCAUCGGGAUCACAAGCACGCGCGAUGUAACCCUCAUCUCUGCUUGUCUCCAGAUCUGGAAUCUCAUCUGGUCCGUGACCGCCGCCUUCUCAGUCGACAAACUCGGACGACGUUUCCUGUUCCUCGCAUCGGCAGCAAUCAUGUUGGUCGGUUAUGUCAUCACCACAGCACUGUCAGCAACAUUUGCGGAGAGUCGAAGCUCUUCCGUUGGUACAGCCGUGAUUCCUUUCCUGUUCAUCUUCUUUGCAGGUUACGAUAUUGCAUUAACACCACUCGUCGUCUCCUACCCAGCAGAAAUCUGGCCCUACAACCUCCGUGGUCGCGGUCUUUCCGUGAUGGGCCUGACAGUCGUUGUCUCCAUCGUCUUCAACACCUUCGUCAACCCGAUCGCACUCGAUGCCAUUGGAUGGAAGUACUACCUCGUUUUCGUCGUGAUCAUCGUUGCAUACGGUGUCACAGCAUUCUUCUUCUACCCUGAGACUCGCGGCCACAGUCUGGAGAACAUGGCCGUCGUGUUCGAUGGGCCUGAUGCGCUUGUGGGCGAUGAGGCAGAGAUUGCGGAAAAGAGCAAGAGUAUAUCUAGUGCGAAGGCUGGUGUCGAGAUCUUACAUGCAGAGAGAGCCGGUUAAUGAUACGGACGUUUGCACAUAAGCACAGAAGGACACGCGACACGACAUGCUUGGUAGAUGUAC